AUGAGCAUCCGAACCGUUCAACUGAAGCCAUUCCAGGACCAGAAGCCCGGAACUUCUGGUCUUCGCAAGAAGGUCAAGGUCUUCCAGCAGGAGCACUACUCAGAGGCAUUUGUUGCCAGUAUUCUGCAGUCAAUCCCCGAGGGCGUUGAAGGCUCGUUCCUUGUCGUCGGUGGUGAUGGUCGCUACUGGAACCCAGAGGUCACUCAGCUGAUUGCAAAGAUUGGUGCUGCGUAUGGCGUCAAGAAGCUUUUAAUCGGCCAGAAUGGCAUCCUCAGCACCCCAGCUGCCAGCCACAUCAUCCGGAUACGAAAGGCUACAGGUGGUAUCCUGCUGACGGCCAGUCACAACCCAGGAGGUCCCGAGGAAGACUUUGGCAUCAAAUACAACCUCGCCAACGGUGCGCCGGCGCCCGAAAGCGUCACCAACAAAAUUUACGAGACAUCCAAGACCAUCACAUCGUACAAGAUUGCCGACAUUCCUGAUGUCGACCUCAGCACAAUUGGCACACAGAAGGUUGGCGAUCUCGAGGUUGAGAUCAUCCAUUCCACAAAGGACUACCUUGCCAUGCUCAAGGACAUCUUUGAUUUUGACUUGAUCAAGUCCUUCCUCAAGCAGCACCCAGAUUUCAAGGUGCUCUUUGAUGGCCUGAGCGGUGUGACUGGCUCAUACGGCAUCGACAUCUUCGAGAAAGAGCUCGGUAUCCCCAACAGCACACAAAACUGCAUUCCCAAGCCCGACUUUGGUGGUCACCACCCCGAUCCCAAUCUGGUAUAUGCCAAGUCUCUUGUCGAUGCUGUCAACAAGAACGGCGUCCACUUCGGCGCCGCCAGUGACGGUGACGGUGACAGGAACAUGAUUUACGGAGCCAACACCUUCGUUUCGCCUGGUGAUAGUUUGGCCAUCAUUGCACACCACGCAGAGCUUAUCCCAUACUUCAAGAAGCAGGGCAUCUACGGACUUGCACGAAGCAUGCCCACAUCUGGCGCGAUUGACCUCGUUGCUAAGAAGAAGGGCGUUGAGUGCUACGAGGUGCCCACUGGCUGGAAGUUCUUCUGUGGCCUCUUUGACUCCAACAAGAUGAACAUUUGCGGUGAGGAGAGUUUUGGAACGGGUAGCAAUCACAUCCGUGAGAAAGACGGGCUUUGGGCUGUUGUCGCAUGGCUCAAUAUCUUGGCCGGUGUGGGACAGCAGACAGGAUCUACGCCAAGCAUCGCCUCGGUUCAGAAGGACUUCUGGAAGACGUACGGACGUACCUUCUUCACUCGUUACGACUACGAGGGCUGCGAGACGGACGGCGCCAACAAGGUGACUGCUCACAUGAAGGAGCUGAUCACCACCAAGAAGGAUGAGUUCAUCGGCUCUACCAUCUCCGGCCGCAAGGUUGUGGAAGCGGACGACUUCUCCUACACAGAUCUUGACGGUAGCGUCAGCAAGAACCAGGGUAUCUAUGUCAAGUUUGACGACGGCAGCCGUAUUGUUGUACGUCUGUCGGGCACAGGCAGCAGCGGUGCCACUAUUCGUCUCUACAUUGAGAAGCACACGAGCGACGAGUCCACUUAUGACUUGGACGCCCAGGAUUAUCUCAAGGACAAUGUUGAGCUCGCAACUGGCUUGUUGAAGCUUCAGGAGUACAUUGGCCGCACCGAGCCCGACGUCAAGACGUAG